AUGGCGCACUACAACUUCAAGAAGAUUACGGUGGUGCCGUCUGCCAAGGACUUUAUCGACCUGACAUUAUCGAAGACUCAACGAAAGACUCCAACAGUGAUUCAUAAACAUUACCAAAUUCAUCGCAUUAGACAUUUUUAUAUGAGAAAAGUCAAAUUUACUCAGCAGAAUUACCAUGACAGACUCUCACAGAUUGUAACAGAUUUUCCCAAAUUGGAUGAUAUCCAUCCAUUUUAUGCUGAUUUGAUGAAUAUUCUGUAUGACAAGGAUCAUUACAAGUUGGCUCUAGGACAGAUUAAUAUUGCCAAAAAUUUAGUGGACAAUGUUGCUAAAGAUUAUGUACGGCUUAUGAAGUACGGUGAUUCUCUCUACCGCUGUAAGCAGCUGAAGCGUGCUGCCCUUGGGCGAAUGUGCACCAUUAUCAAGCGGCAGAGGCAGAGUUUGGAAUAUCUGGAACAAGUGCGUCAGCAUUUAAAUUUAUCCCGCUUGCCAGCCAUUGACCCAAAUACAAGGACUCUGCUUUUGUUUGGGUACCCAAAUGUUGGGAAAUCCAGCUUCAUUAAUAAGGUGACGAGAGCAGAUGUGGAUGUUCAGCCCUAUGCAUUUACCACCAAGUCUCUGUUUGUUGGGCACAUGGAUUAUAAGUAUCUGCGUUGGCAGGUUGUAGAUACUCCAGGGAUUUUGGAUCAUCCUUUGGAGGAUCCGAACACCAUCGAAAUGCAGGCUAUCACGGCCCUGGCGCACCUUCGAGGAGCUGCGGUUCUGUAUGUGAUGGACUUGCCUGAACAGUGUAGACACGGGCUGAAAGAGCAAUUAGAACUUUUCCAGAAUAUCAGACCUCUCUUUAUCAAUAAGCCUCUUAUAAUUGUAGCAAACAAAUGUGAUGUGAAACGAAUAGCUGAACUUUCUGAAGAUGAUCAGAAAAUAUUUGUAGACUUGCAAGCCGAAGGAUUCCCUGUAAUAGAGACCAGUACCCUGACUGAGGAAGGUGUUAUUAAAGUUAAAACAGAGGCUCGUGACAGGCUUUUGGCACACCGAGUGGAAACAAAAAUGAAAGGAAACAAAGUGAAUGAUGUGCUGAACAGGUUGCAUUUAGCUGUGCCUAACAAGAGAGAUGAUAAGGAGAGGCCCCCUUUCAUCCCAGAAGGAGUAGUGGCACGCAAGAGGGGAAUGGAAAUUGGGGAGCCCAAGAAGAAAAGGGAACGGGAUCUUGAGCUGGAAAUGGGAGACGAUUAUAUUUUGGAUCUUCAAAAAUACUGGGAUUUAAUGAAUUCAUCUGAAAAAUAUGAUAAGAUACCAGAGAUCUGGGAAGGCCAUAAUGUAGCUGAUUAUAUUGAUCCUGCCAUCAUGAAGAAAUUGGAAGAGUUAGGAAAAGAAGAAGAGCUAAGAACAGCUGUGGGGGAGUAUGAUAGUGAAUCUGAAAGUGAAUCUGAGGAAAUGAUGGAAAUCAGACAGCUAGCAAAACAAAUUAGAGAAAAAAAGAAGCUGAAAAUCCUACAAUCAAAGGAAAAGGAUACACAGGGACCCAGGAUGCCUCAAACUGCUAAGAAGGUUCAGGGGACAGUUUUGGAAAAUGAGAUGCGUAGUCUUGGUGUUGACAUGAAUGAUAAAGACAAUGCCCACUAUGCAGUCCAGGCAAGAAAAUCUCGGAGUGUCACUAGGAAGAGAAAGCGGGAAGAAUCUGUUCCUCUCUCUUCUGUAGCCUGGAGUAGGAGCUGCUCUCGACCUCCACGUGAUGUUUCUGGUCUUCGGGAUGUCAAGAUGGUGAAGAAAACCAAGACUAUGAUGAAGAAUGCUCAGAAGAAGAUGAAUCGCUUGGGGAAGAAAGGGGAGGCAGAUAGACAUGUGUUUGAUAUAAAGCCCAAGCACUUACUCUCUGGAAAGAGGAAAGCUGGUAAAAAGGACAGGAGAUAG